AUGAGAAUUUUCGCACUGGUUUAUCUCGUGGCAAUCCUAGGAUUUCACAAGGUCCAGUGUGAUGGGUUGUCUAUGGAUGAUCAAAGUUUAUCUAUGGAAGGAACUUCUCAAGGGAAUGAUUAUGGACCUUUAGUACCACAACCUGAGAAUCAAGGCGUUGGACAAGAACGGUCUGAAGCAUCAGGCUUAGCUCUAGACGUUGUGAAUCUGGACUCCUCCAAUUUCACACUUUUUGAAUGCAAUGACAAUGGGAAUGAAAUCAUCUUUGUGAUCCCUCGCAAUGAUGUAUCCGUAGACAUGGUAGUUUGUGGCGAGACGACAAUUUGGACUCCUGGAGAGGAUGAAGAAUUUGAAUACGCCAAGCUGUUCCUCAAGGAUGGAGAACCACGUAUUGUCUUUAUUGCCAAGAGCAAAGACUCUACAGCGACUGGUAGAUGGUAUGCAAGGAAUGGAGAUGUUUGGGAAAACUGUAAAGAUACGUAUCAAGAAAAGAUUAAAGCAAUUAGAGAAGAAAUUCCCCGCACAAACUCAUUCAUUCUAAAUCUUGAAGAGGAUAAGGAUACUGAGGAAUGCACAAUAUUCGAUGCAAAGCUUAUUGGAGCUCCAAUGAGGCUGUAUUUUGCAAAGCCUGAAUAUUCCGCUGAGGAGGUAAUGUAUAACAGAACAUCCAUAUGGAAAGGCUCCAAGGACGAACUCUGCACGGCAUGUGACUUGUACUUUAACAAAGGAGAACUCUCAUUCCUUAUUCUAAGCGUCAAGGAGAAUGAUGUGAUAAGAUACGAAUACUUUGAAACGAGGGGUAAAGAAUGGAAGACUAUGACUUCUGAAGAGUUCAAUAACAGACGUAAGGAAGCUCAAACUACUCACGGCAAUUUUGAUGUUCAAGAGGAAUCUGCAAAAAAAGAAAAGAAGCGUUCAAAACGGAAUGCUCUUGGACAGUUAUUUUCAAGAAAUAAAGAACAAGAGUCAACUUAUAGUCAAAGUCAUAAACAAUCAUCUUCUCAAGAAGAGAAUGCAGAAUCUGAGAGGAGCCAGGAAGGUGAGCAUGCAACAGUCUCUUCUGGACAAGAUGGAAUUAUUCUAGACCUAUCACAACCUGAUGAAACAAAGUUAGAUGUGUAUGCAGAAACAAAAUCAGAGGUAACUGUUAAGGCAUAUACUCCAAAAGAUUGGCUCCAUAUCUCCUCUGUUAUGGAUGCCGGAGCUACUGUCUGGAAAUCUUCUGGAGAUGAGAAGUGUACAUUUGUAGAAUCUUAUGCUAAGGGUGGCGUAGAACUUCUUUACCUGGAGACUUCCGGUGGUACUAUGUCUAAGUACUUUGAGAAAGUAGAUGGACAGUGGAAUGAGAUUGAUGAAGAAUUGUUUUAUGAGAAAGCAAGGACAUUCAUUGGAGAAUCUGGAAAAGAUGCUUCUCUUGAUCUUGCUAGUCCAAGUAGAUUACUAUGCAAAUCCUUCGAGUAUUCUUUUGCCGGCAAUGCCAUAAGACUCAUUGUUCCAAAUAAAGGAGUUACUGUAUCUAAGCUUUUAAAUGGCACUGAAGAGGUUUAUACUCUUUCAUCCGAAGAGGAAUUUGACCAUACUAAGGUCUAUCUCAACAAGGAUGGUAAACCUGAACUUGCGUCAGUUACUCUCAAAACAUCUUCUGGAGUCUCACAUAAGGCUUACUCCAAGAAUGGAGGUGGUUGGACAUUUUGUGCUGAUAGUGAGACCAAGAUGAAGGGUUUAAGAACCUCUGCAACUUUCAAAUCUAACUUCACCAUGGAUAUUUCCUCAGUCACUAGUACUAAAGAAUGCACUGUUUUUGAAGUAUAUCUCUUGGGAGUUACCACUAGACACUUUUACCCUAAGCCUGGCUAUGUCUCUAUCAAAGUAAAGGAUGGAGAUAAAAGACUAUGGACUUUUAUAAAUCCUUCAGAUGCUUGUCUUUUUUGCUUUAUUUAUAAACGUGACAAUAAGGAAGUAUUGGAGAUGGCAGUGGUGAAUGGAAUAUUAAGGAGAUGGAAAUUCUUUGAAAGAGUAGAUGGUAAUGAAUGGAAGAAGGUUGACAAGGGUAAAUUUUUAGGUAAGCUAAAGGAAAUUAGAGAACCUGAAAAUCCUGUAAGCAUUUUUGCUUCCAAGGUCGACCUUACUCUCUUUAAUGUUGUGGGCUCUGUUGAGGAGAAUGUAAAAGUUCUUAAACUUACUGUAAAGUACGGUGUUAAAGCUACUGAGCUAAAGUAUGAUGAUAAGGAGGUAUGGUCUGGUAAAGCGAGAUUGAGUAAAUCUUCAAGUGUAGUGGAGGCUCUGCUAUACUUUGAUGAGAAUGCUCCGGUAUUAGUUGCUAUCAGAGCAGUCAAAGGGGGUAAAGAAUCCACGGUUUAUAGAUACUAUGAUGGUAGUAAGUGGAAGGAUGAUAAAGAAGAUGACCAUAAAAAUAAGCUAGAAACCCUAAAGGAGGGACUUAAACCUACUACUACUUCUUCUUCUUCUUCUUCCAUUGCUUUAGAUCUUGCAAAUCCUGACCAGUCAAAAGUACUUGUAUAUGACCGCUCUGGUAAUGGAAUAAAGUCAAAGAAUUAUUCUCCAAAAGAUGGUCAUCAUAUCUCCUCUGUUGUUGACGGAGGAAUGAGCAUAUGGAAUGCCACUGGAGACGAGAGAUGCACACUUGUAAAAUUAUCGACGAGGGGAGAUUCCUCCCUGCUUUUAAUGUCUCUUGAAAGUGCUAAAAAGUGCUUUGAAAAGGUAAAUGGAGCAUGGAAUGAAGUCGACGAGACACAAUUUGAUAAGAUGGAGGAGAUGAAGGGAGGAGUGAUUGUUGAGGCAUCUCAGGACAACACUUCCUCAGAGAGCAUACAAUCUCAGAGUGGACAAACAAAUCAACAAGAAUCUUAUGAUACGCAGACAAGUUCCCAAUCUGUAAACAUCCCUGAAGAUCAAGACCCUAUGACCGAUAAUUCUGAAGGUAAUGAUACAGUCGAUGCCGAUUCUUCUAUAACUCCUGAUGAUACUGUGAGAGAAGCCUCGGAAGGGGAAGUUGAAUCGAAGAAGGAAGAUGAUAGAGAAUAUAAAGAACCAAUUUCCGUCACUGAAGAUCUAAUUCAGAACUCUGAGAAAAGCAUGCCUUCAGAAAAUGCAGCUUUAGAGGAAGCGAAUUACAUGUCAUCAGACCAAAAUCCUGUUGACCCUUCCAAACUGGAUGAGAAUGGAGCAGGUUCAUCGGAGAGUUCUACUGAUGGACAAUCUAAUGAAGUUUCCACAGACGGAUUUAGUGACAGGGCAAAGGAAAUGAUGGAGGGUGAACAAGAAAUUCCAGAGGUUAAAUUACAAACAGUAGAGGAUAAUAAUACCACAGGAGUAUCAGAUUCAACAUCAUCCACUCAGGAAGAUAAAAAGCAAAGUGGUGUCUCGGAUACCCAGUCCAGUGAAGGUUCUGUCAACGAACCGCAAAAUGGCUCAACUGUAGAAAGUACGAAUCCAUUUGAACCUUCAAAACCUGAUGAUGAACUAAAGGGUGAAGAAGAAUUGCCAGAGGCUUCAGAAUCAACUCCUGGAAUAAUGGACAAGAUUAAAAACUUUAAAUCUUCUGCUAUAUCCAGUGUAUUUUCUUCAAACAAAAAUCAGGAAAGUAACAAUACUGCAGACAGUUCAAAUGAUAGUAAGAAUUCGUCAAAACAGAGUAAACUUAAGAAAACUUUCUCGGGACUAGGUAAUAAGGCAAAAAAUAUUAUGAAUAGCAAACAGUGA